UCUCUCAGUUUCCCUCUAUCCGGCCUACAGGGUUCCCCUCCCCUGUCUGUCUCCAGGUCCUGCCAGGGACAUGCAGCCCACCAUGAAGUUUGUGAUGGACACAUCUAAAUACUGGUUUAAGCCAAGCAUCUCCCGAGAACAAGCCAUCGAGCUGCUGAGGAAGGAGGAGCCGGGGGCUUUCAUCGUGCGGGACAGUUCUUCAUACCGGGGCUCCUUCGGCCUUGCCCUGAAGGUGCAGGAGGCCCCCACACCUGCCCAGAGCCGACCAGGCGAGGACAGCAGUGACCUCAUUCGCCACUUCCUCAUCGAGUCUUCCGCCAAAGGGGUGCAUCUCAAAGGAGCAGACGAGGAGCCCUACUUCGGGAGCCUCUCUGCCUUCGUGUGCCAGCACUCCAUCAUGGCCCUGGCCCUGCCCUGCAAACUCAUCAUCCCGCAGAAAGAAUUGGGAGGUGGAGACGGGGCCUCGGACCCCUCUGCAGAUGGCCGGGCCUCCUGUCUGAAGAAAUCUGCGGGUUGCCAUGCCCUGUAUCUGAGCUCUGUGAGCGUGGAGACCCUGAGCGGAGCCCUGGCCGUGGAGAAGGCCAUCUCGGCCACCUUGGAGAGGGAUGUCCUCCCCACGCCCACCGUGGUCCACUUCAAAGUCACCGAGCAGGGCAUCACCCUGACCGACGUCCAGAGGAAGGUAUUUUUCCGGCGCCAUUACCCCCUCGCCACCCUCCGAUUCUGCGGCAUGGAUCCUGAGCAACGGAAGUGGCAGAAAUACUGCAAGCCCUCUCGGAUCUUUGGGUUUGUGGCCAAGAGCCAGACCGAGUCCCAGGAGAAUGUGUGCCACCUCUUUGCGGAGUAUGACACGCUCCAGCCGGCCUCGCAGGUCAUCAGUCUGGUGGGUGCUCUGCUACAGGACCCGGAAAGGAUGUAGGGGAGGGAGCUUCCUGUGUGCCUUCCCAGACAUCCCAAGGGGCUUGCCCAGGAUCCCCCCUCUGCCCUGAGCAAGAAGCCUCUCACCACACUGAUGGACCAGUACCAAGUUGAAACCCUUGAACUCACUAUGAUCUUCAGCAGCAACCUUCACCCAGACCCCCUUCCCUCCCGGGGUUCAGUCUCUUCAGCCUUAAAGGAGCAGGACUUCCCUGGUGGUCCAGUGGUUAAGAAUCUGCCUGCCCAUGCAGGGGACAGGGGUUCGACCCCUGGUCGGGGAAGAUUUCACAUGCCAUGGAGAAACUAAACCCAAGCUCCACACCUACUGAGCCCACGCUUUAGAGCCUGUGCUCUGCAACAAGAGACACCACAGUGAGCAGCCCUAGAGAGUAACCCCUGCUCGCCACAGCUAGAGAAAGCCUGUCCACAGCGGUGAAGACCCAGUGCAGCCAAAGGUAAACAAAUAAAUAAAUGUUUUAGAAGGAUACUUUAAAAAAACAAAAGGAGGCAACAGACAGGGUCAGCUGUUCGUCUGGGACAUCUGUGGGUAUCUUAACGAGCUCCCUGUGAUUCUGAAGCAGACCCACAUCUGAGACCCACCCCCCCAUGAAAAUAACCUCUGAAGACUCCUGACUCUGUCAGUCUGGACACUACCAACACAGCAGCUUGAGCUAGAGACCUGUGACCCUCGUUUCAUGGCAAACAGCAGGUGCUGGGUAGGGACCCAGGGGCCAUGGCCAGAGGCCAACCUGAAAGCAGGUGGUUGGCAAGGAUUGAGGACCAAAGGGGGCCUCCCCGAUGGUUCAACAGUAAAGAAUCCGCCUACAGUGCAGGAGAUGCAGGAGACGCAGGUUCGAUUCCUGGAUCAGGAAGACCCCCUGAAGGAAGGCAUGGCAACCCACUCCAGUAUCCUUGACUGGAGCAUCCCAUGGACAGAGGAGCCGGGUGGGCUACAGUCCAUAGGGUCACAAAGAAUCGGACACGACUGAAGCAACUUAGCAUGCACGCACAAGGACCAAAGGAGGGAUGGACUGACUCUCUUUCCCUCCUUAUCUGUUCCUUUCCCCAUUUUCUUGACAGCUUCUUGAGCUGCUAUUCCCAGGACAGAGCUAGAUCCGCCUGUCCUGGAUUCUACAGGCCAACGUGGCCAUGGUUGUUCAGCAGGUAAGCACGUGGGAACUUGCCCUCGUGGUCAAAAAAGAUGAUCCAGCUGUCCUUAAGAUCUUGAUGUCUAGUCCCCUCCAUUGAAAAUGAGCAUCAGUUCCGUCUCUUCUUUCAAUUUCUCAUAAGCAAGUGUGUCUCAGCUGCCCUAGUGUUACUUGUGUCACCCAGACCCGGAGGUGGGGACAGUGAGAGCCCCUGCUCACUAGAAUGGACACAAGGGCCAGCUCUCUGGUUCUGCCUCAGCCUCAGCCUUGCUAGUCCUACACACACACACAUACACACACACACACACACGUGCGCGCGCGACACACACACACACGUGCGCGCGCGCACGCGCGCUGCCCUGUGCAAUGCUGGGGCGGCAACUGGCCUUAUAGCCACAUGAGGGCAGCAGAGAGUCAAGAAUGCAAACAGGCAGCUACCCCCAAGAGGCUUGGAGAAGUGGGCGGUCUUUCCCGCCCCACCUCCACCAAGACCCCCAAGAAGUUGGAACUGUUUGUCUAGCAGACCUGGGGACCUAAGGAAACCACACUAUGAGAAUGCAAGAUGAGGCUCAAGGAAGAAGCCCACUUUUGCGCUAUGAAAGACCAGUGCCUGCCCCCGCCCAGCUGGGGGCCCUGCCAGAGAAUCAUUAUCUUUGGCCAAAGUUGGGCCUGAAGGGUUAUUAUUUCAACCCAGGAAACCAAACCAGACUGAAGCGGUCCUGGGCUGGCGAGACUGGCUGAGCCUAGCCCACCCAGCCUGUGGUCAGGCACUGCCCCACCCCGGAGACUACAGAAUCUGGACAAGGUUCUCAAGGUCACAGUGCCCAAGUUCUCAAGGUCACAGAGAGCCCCCCGCCCCCAUAUAUCUGUGGAUGCCUUGUCGCUCCCCUCAUGGAGAAUAAAGUGUCUGUCUUUGCACAAGAA